AUGGAAUUUUUAAGAUUAAGAAAUUUAUUUGGGCAACCAGAAAAUGCAAUUAAAAGAUAAGAUCUUUCUGUAUUAGGUUUGACAAUCAUAGCAUGUUAUUUGUUAUAUAGAUCUGAUUGUCAAAGAAAAUCAGAAAGAAAAAAGUAUAAGCGAUUCAGAUACCUAUAUACUGCAGAUGAAUGUCGAUAACUUUAAAUUGAUUCUAAAUAAAUUACAGUCUAAGGCUAGAUCAAUAGUGAAAAUAAAUUCUUACUGCUAAAGUCUUCUAAUUAUAUGCAAAAGCGUAAUAACUAUGAAUAGAGUUAACAAAAUAGCAAGUCCUUUAGGAUUGUUGAUGUAAAUUUAAAUGUAUUUUCUAUUAGCCUUAUACUAAAGCAGAAAUAAUAUGUAAAAUAAAAAAUGGUUGCCUUUUCGAGCAAGAUCUCUUCAAUUUUCAUAAACAAUAUAUUUAUUAGACAUAUGUCCCCUCCGAUUGCAAUUUUAUUGUAAAAUUGUAUAAAAGAAUAGUAAAUUACUUUUUUGGAAAGACCAUCGUUGAGGAUAUGGAAGGGAUCAAUUUAAAUUAAUAUUUUAUAUUUAAAGGAGAAUUAAAGAGAUAAGACUCUGAAUUGAUACUCGAAAUUGAUCAAGUUGCUUUAACUCCAAGUUUAAUCUACAAGGAAGUACUAAAGUAAUUAAUAUAAGCAUAUUAAAAUAGAAAUAUAAACGGUUAUUUUAUAAAGGAGAUGAUUCUAGCAAUAAUGGCAGCAUUUCUAAUGUAUAAUUCUUAUUAAAGAAUGAAAAAAUACAUCUAGGCUCAACCUAGACAGCCAAUAUAAUUAUUUGAAAAGAGAGAGGAUGAAUUUGUAUAAGAUUCUGAUCUGUGCAUAGCUUGCAUGUCGAGUGUUAGGAAUGUUUUGAUCUUACCUUGUUUUCAUUUGAUAUGCUGUUAAGAAUGCAUAUAAAAAAUAAAGUAAACAAACAAUGAAUGUCCAUUAUGUAGAACAUUAAUUAUUGAUUAAAAAUAAGUGUUAAUUGAUAAUUUAUAUUGAAAAUAAUGAAUGAUUAAUUCAUAAUUUGUAAUAAAUGCUAGAAACAGAUUUCUUAGGCAAAUGCAACGAUGCAUUCACUCUAUUGUGAAAGGAAUACUAAGUAAUGUGAGACCUGUGGAUAGUAAUUUGAUGUAACUGAGGAAGAGGAGCACAUUCAAAAUGUUCACUUGCCUAAUACUUGCAAAUAUUGUCAUAAAUAUAUAAGUAAUCCAUUAGUGUGACAUUUAGAGGAUUUUAAUAAUCACACUUGUGCUUAAUAACCACAUAAUUGUGAAUAUUGCUAGAAAUAGUUCUUGUUCAGUUAGUUGGAAGAACACAAAAAAAAAUGUGGUCAAUUAUAGUAUAAAUGUAAGUACUGCGAGUAGAUGAUAUUCAAUAAAGUGAAGAUUGAGCAUACUAAAAAGUGCCAAAUUGCAAUUUUAGGACAUCUAGAAUUCAUUUGUAAAUAUUGUGGGGAGAGUUUGAUAUGUAAGAAUUAAGAUGNAUACCUAUAUACUGCAGAUGAAUGUCGAUAACUUUAAAUUGAUUCUAAAUAAAUUACAGUCUAAGGCUAGAUCAAUAGUGAAAAUAAAUUCUUACUGCUAAAGUCUUCUAAUUAUAUGCAAAAGCGUAAUAACUAUGAAUAGAGUUAACAAAAUAGCAAGUCCUUUAGGAUUGUUGAUGUAAAUUUAAAUGUAUUUUCUAUUAGCCUUAUACUAAAGCAGAAAUAAUAUGUAAAAUAAAAAAUGGUUGCCUUUUCGAGCAAGAUCUCUUCAAUUUUCAUAAACAAUAUAUUUAUUAGACAUAUGUCCCCUCCGAUUGCAAUUUUAUUGUAAAAUUGUAUAAAAGAAUAGUAAAUUACUUUUUUGGAAAGACCAUCGUUGAGGAUAUGGAAGGGAUCAAUUUAAAUUAAUAUUUUAUAUUUAAAGGAGAAUUAAAGAGAUAAGACUCUGAAUUGAUACUCGAAAUUGAUCAAGUUGCUUUAACUCCAAGUUUAAUCUACAAGGAAGUACUAAAGUAAUUAAUAUAAGCAUAUUAAAAUAGAAAUAUAAACGGUUAUUUUAUAAAGGAGAUGAUUCUAGCAAUAAUGGCAGCAUUUCUAAUGUAUAAUUCUUAUUAAAGAAUGAAAAAAUACAUCUAGGCUCAACCUAGACAGCCAAUAUAAUUAUUUGAAAAGAGAGAGGAUGAAUUUGUAUAAGAUUCUGAUCUGUGCAUAGCUUGCAUGUCGAGUGUUAGGAAUGUUUUGAUCUUACCUUGUUUUCAUUUGAUAUGCUGUUAAGAAUGCAUAUAAAAAAUAAAGUAAACAAACAAUGAAUGUCCAUUAUGUAGAACAUUAAUUAUUGAUUAAAAAUAAGUGUUAAUUGAUAAUUUAUAUUGA